GCAGACGAUCAUUUGAAAUCAGUCGCCAUAUCAUGAGUGUAUACCGCGCUCCUUCCUUUUCACGGAUCUCCUUCCAGAUUGGAGUGUGUUGUCAUCAUGGAUGACUUUGUUAAAGAGAAACUAGUGAUGUGGGGGCUGGAAAGAUUUCUGGAAAAUUUUGAAGAACAAGAGAUUGACCAAGAAACCCUCCUUCUCCUUGAUGAUCAAGCUGUGAAAGCGGAUUUGAUAAAGCCACUUGGUCCAAGAUCAAAGCUGCUCCAAAGGAUAAAGGAAUUGAAGGGACCAUCAUUGAUCUCUGAAGAUUGCACGUUCUCUGAAGAUAUCCCAAGUACUAGCAACUCCUCACUGUCUAUCCCAAGUGGUUCAUCAACAUCUAUCAUCAAACCACCAGAAGAUAUCCCAAGCACCAGCAACUCCUCAACGUCUAUCCGAAGCAGUUCAUCAUCAACAUCUAAACCACCAGAAGAUAUCCCAAACACCAGCAACUCGUCAGUGUCUAUCCCAAGCAGUUCAUCAACAUCUAUCAUCAAACCACCCGAGGCUAAAAAGAUCAAGAUGGCUCAUGACAUACGAGCCAUCUUGUCCAAACGGAGAGAGGGGGAGGAGCUUAUAAAGGAGAUGGAGGAAGGGUGCAUCAGCUACAAUUCACGAAAAUUGAUAGUGAACACAUUGGUCUCACACCUGAUAGAGACAUAUACAAAGUGGCCUAAAACAGAGCAAAAAUUGGCAAUGGCAAAAUGCAUUGUUACCCAGUUUCCUGCGUUGGACAAUGAUGAUCAUGAUGCUUACUUGACCUGGUUCACUCCAGCAAGCCAAAACAAAACAAAAGAUUCAUCAGGUUACAUUGAAAUGCGGCUAAGGAACGUCAGAUAUCGUGAUCCUGCCAGAACGCCAAAAGAAAGCAACAAGAAAGUGCAAGCAAACUUGCCUAAUACAGAAGACCUGGAUCUGUCGUCAGGUAAGGAAGAAAUAUAA